AUGGCCCAUCGAAGUGGAAAUCGCCUGCGCUGGGUGAUGCUGGACCGCGUCGUCCACUGCACCAAGGACGAGGCUGCCAGGGACGGCACGCUCUCGGAGACCUCCGCCACCUGCACCGGCCAAACCCUCGCCGUCUCCCUCAGGGCCGCGUCACCCCCGGCGGUGUCCCGCCUGCACCUCCACUGGCCAGAAGGUCUCCGACCGGAGAUGCUGGAGCUGGAUCCGCCCCACGUCAUCGCGGCCCACGGCCACUCCAUACUUUUCCAGGCCUACGUCCCCCACACCGACCAGUGCCGCCCCCCCUACUACCCCCUCGACUACUUCGUCUACACCGCCUCUACCGGCCGCCGCUCCCCGUCGCUCAGGCGGCUCCCGCCUUGCUUCGACGGCGGGCAAGUGGACCAGCAAACGGACCAGCUCUUCCAGCCGUACCGGCUCCAGCAGCAGCGGCUGAUGUCCAGCGAACACAUCGGCCUUCUCUGCCAUGGCGACCAGGAGUUCACAGUGGCCGAGCUCUCGUGCAACGGCGAGCUCUGCCUGCUGCACCAUGCGCCUCGGAUGGGGGACGAGCCCAUGCGAUGGGUUGUUCAGAAGCUGCAGAUGCCGAAUUGCGACGACGCCCCAGACCUGUUCAGCGAUUCCUGGCAGACAGACGUUGUCGUCCCCUACGGCGAUUCCUCAUUGUGCUGGGUCGAUUGCUACCUCGGGUUGUUCUUGGUCACCGUCCAUGGUGAUCUUACAAGGAAGCCGCACUACGUCCCGAUGCCUGCGGCUCUGGAUCCCCGUCGCCUCUACAUUGACCCAGGGUGCCCUGACCCAGCGCGCCGUGUGUGUGUCACUGACAGCGGCACGGUGAAGCUCAUUUGUAUCAGCGAUCUUGCGGGCCGCAGUGUUCAUCAACGUCAUCAUGACAUUUUCACAAUCACAACAUGGAAUCUGACCGGCAAGGAGUGGGAACUAGAUGCCACCAUUGAAGCUACCGAGCUCUGGGCUGCUCUUGGUUCUGACAAGCGACUCCCACUGAUCCGGCCAGAGUUUCCUACCAUGAGCUUGGUUGACCACGAUGUCGUCUGCUUCGUGUUGAAUGAUGGGGAUAUCGUUUCCUGGCUGAUUGAAGUCGACCUGAAGAAGAAGGUGCUGGGGGCGGUCACCCUCUAUAUCGACGAAGAAGAAGAAAAGCAGGCAGCAGAAGGAGAACAAACGAAGUUCUGUAGGUUCUCUGGCAACUCCUUCAUCCCCAGCCAGUUCACCAUGUACUUGGAUAAGCAUGCCAUCAAAAGCCUGAGUUUCAGCAAGAAAUUGGAGCAAGCAAAACUAAAACGAGGAAUGGAGGAAGCAUGGAUUAAAGACCCAAAGCAAGUACUGGUUUGAAAUAGCCGUUUACCAUCCUAUUUUCAAAAUCACAACAUGGAAUCUGACAUACGGUAAAUGGGAAGAAGGUGUCACCAUGGAAGCUAGCGAGCUUUGGGCUGCUCUUGCCUCUGGUUGAUAAUGAUGCCGAUCUACUUCGUGAAGAAUUAUAGGUACCGCAUUUCCUGGCUGGCUGAUUGAGGUGUACCUGAAGAAGAAGAAGAUGCUGGGGGUGGUCACCCUCUAUAUCAACAAGAACAAAGUCACGCAACUGAAGAAAAAGCAAACAACUGAAGAAGAACAAGCAUACUUGGAUAAGUAUGCCAUCAGAAUGUAAUUACGUAUCACGUUUAUGUCUUGGGAGGAUUAUAACGAACACCAUCAAUUAGUCGAUAAUGUGAAUUGCGAGGAGAUGAUCAACCUGUUCGUUGGUGUGCCCCUCUUAACGGCAAAGUGUCGCGUAGCUAUUAUGAACUUGCCCAUGGACAUGUUGAUGUCGGUGUCCACCACCAUGUAGCCCAUUGUGCUUCUGCAAGACUCCUUGAAAAUGGAGUGUAAUCCGGAUACAAAUUGAAACGAA